AUGGGCCCCGGUGUAAUUCAAAACACGGACAAUAUUCUAAACAGUUCGCAGAAACCAAUUUCUGUUGAUGGUGGUAGUUUUUUAAAUCAACUUGUUGCAAGUAAUCGCUAUAGCGUUGGUAGUACAGAGCUUGUUGUAAAUAGAACAAUUUCUGAUAUUAAUCUGGAUGGUAGAAAAGAAAAAUAUGUAGAGCUCGGUGCGGGAGACUUUAAAAUUGAAAAAACGAAGCUGGAUAAAAAGAUGCUUCAUCAAGUGACACGCCCAAAAGUCCUGAAAAACCACGAGUCCAGGGAAUAUUUGUAUGAUCGACUGUACGACACCACCGGCCCGAGAAUACCCACACUAUGCAACGAGAGGGCAUGUCUUGGAAGUUUGAUGGCGAUUCCGGGUCGCGGUGACGUGGCAAGAGACCCUGAAGAGGUGCUUAACGAUGCUAAGGACUUUCUUGGACAGUAUUUUGCAUCUAUACGCAGGGCCAAUACACCAGCUCAUGAAGCAAGAUGGAAAGCAGUCCAAGAAGAAGUUGCAAAGACAGGAACGUAUCAGUUCACCACCACUGAAUUAGUCUUUGGAGCUAAGCUUGCAUGGAGAAAUGCUAGCAGAUGUAUCGGCAGAAUACAGUGGUCCAAGUUACAGGUCUUCGAUUGUAGACAGGUGACCACAACCAGCGGAAUGUUUGAAGCUCUUUGCAAUCAUAUUAAAUAUAGCACAAACAAAGGAAAUAUAAGGUCCGCUAUUACAGUAUUCCCUCAACGUACGGACGGUAAGCACGACUACAGGAUAUGGAACAGCCAGUUAAUAAGCUAUGCCGGCUACAAGCAACCGGAUGGCACUGUACUGGGAGAUCCAAUGCAUUGCGAAUUCACAGAGUUGUGUCUCAAACUGGGAUGGAAGCCGCCCCGAACCGCCUGGGACAUAUUGCCUCUGGUGUUGUCUGCUAAUGGAAAGGAUCCGGACUACUUUGAGAUCCCUCGGGACCUUGUCAUGGAAAUACAUAUGACCCAUCCGACAUACGAGUGGUUCGAAGAACUGGAACUACGUUGGUAUGCCUUACCCGCGGUCUCCAAUAUGCGAUUCGAUUGCGGGGGUAUCGAGUUCACUGCGAACGCUUUCAACGGCUGGUAUAUGAGCACUGAAAUAGGAUGUCGUAACUUUUGCGACAAUAAUCGUCUUAAUAUGCUGGAAAAAGUCGCACAGAAAAUGGGUCUGGAUACAAGAACGCCGGUAAAUCUAUGGAAAGAUAAGGCUCUGGUGGAGGUGAAUGUUGCGGUCCUCCAUAGCUUCCAACAACAAAAUGCUACAAUUGUUGACCACCACACAGCUUCGGAGAGUUUUAUCAAGCACUUGGACAAUGAGAAUAGAUUGCGCUCUGGUUGUCCGGCGGACUGGAUUUGGAUUGUACCGCCAAUGUCAUCAUCAAUUACACCCGUAUUCCAUCAAGAGAUGGCACUGUAUUACUUACGACCCGCCUAUGAAUAUCAGGAACCAGCUUGGAAGACGCAUCAGUGGCAAAAAUCGAAGCCGAUUAGUGGAAAGCGGGCUAUUAAUAGAAAAUUUCACUUCAAGCAAAUUGCACGCGCCGUCAAAUUUACAUCGAAAUUAUUUGGCAGAGCUCUCUCUAAGAGGAUUAAAGCAACGGUUCUCUAUGCCACCGAGACUGGAAAGUCCGAGCAAUACGCUAAGGAGCUAGGGGUCAUUUUUGGCCACGCUUUCAAUGCUCAGGUACACUGUAUGGCGGAUUAUGAUAUAACAUCUAUAGAACACGAAGCAUUAUUACUUGUUGUCACCUCAACAUUUGGGAAUGGUGAUCCACCAGAAAACGGCGUGGCUUUUGGUGAACACCUAUGCGAAAUUUUAUAUGCUGAUCAAGUUGCAGGAGAAGAAUCCACUGGGAGCUCACAUGUGUUGACACCAAAGUCUUUUAUAAAAGUUAACAGUCAACUUGAACUUCAACGUUUUGCCUCUGGUAAUCCAAAACAACUGAGCAGAUUGGAAUCACUAAAAGGAAGUACAAAUGAUGCCACUUCAAUUGAUAAUUUUGGUCCACUAAGCAAUGUGCGUUUUGCCGUAUUUGCUCUUGGGUCAAGCGCUUAUCCAAACUUUUGCAACUUUGGCAAGUACGUGAACAAGUUACUCGGAGAUCUUGGCGGUGAGCGUAUUCAUGAAAUUGCCACUGGAGAUGAAAUGUGUGGUCAAGAUCAAGCUUUCCGGAAAUGGGCCUCUAGCGUAUUUAACGUGGCGUGUGAAACAUUCUGUUUAGACGAUGAUGAAACUCUGCAAGAGGCAAAAAGAGCUUUAGGCUCUGUUACAUUAAGUGAAGAAACAGUAAGAUUUACUCGUCCAGCUGGUCGCCCUCCAACAUUGCCAGCAGCGUUACAAUCUGCAUUGAACCGACAACUAGUAAUUUGCGUUGUCAAAGCUAACAAGGAUUUGGGUGACUCUACGGCGGAAAGAUCUACAAUAUUUAUAGAUCUGGAACCAAAGAAUGAAAUCAAAUACGAUCCGGGAGACCACGUUGGUAUUAUUGCUUGUAAUCGUAAAGAGUUAGUUGAUAAUUUGUUGACGCGAUUGAAAGACGUCAGCGAUUAUGAUGAGCCCGUGCAAUUACAACUGAUGAAAGAGACUCAUACUUCAAGUGGACCUGUUAAGUCUUGGGAGCCACAUGAAAAACUACCAGCUGUAAGCGUACGAGAACUGUUUACCAGAUUCUUAGAUAUAACUACUCCACCAACCACAAUUCUUUUGCAAUAUUUAGCAAAGACUUGUGAAAAUGAAGAUGAACGAAGGCAACUAAACCUUUUGGCAACAGACCCCGCUGCGUACGAAGAUUGGCGUCAUUUUCAUUUCCCGACACUUUCUGAAGUAUUAGAUCAAUUUCCAUCGGCCAUGCCAAGUGCAUCCUUGUUGGCUGCCUUGUUAUCUCCAUUGCAGCCAAGGUUCUAUUCAAUCUCAUCUUCUCCUAUUGCUCAUCCAAAACGAUUGCAUCUUACCGUUGCUGUGGUUACGUACAGAACACAAGAUGGUGAAGGUCCUGUCCAUUAUGGUGUUUGCUCAAAUUAUCUUAUGGAUCGUAAAACCGGCGAUGAGAUUUAUCUAUUCAUACGAAGUGCUCCAAAUUUCCAUCUACCACAAGAUUUAUCAGUACCUCUAAUACUCAUUGGCCCUGGAACUGGCAUUGCACCAUUCCGAGGAUUUUGGCACCACCGUAAAGCUCAAUUAAACUCUCGAACACGUCCCUCCGCCGGUCCUGUCUGGUUGUUUUUUGGUUGCCGAACAAGAACAAUGGAUUUGUACAGAGAAGAAAAAGAACAAGCACUUAAAGAAGGUGUACUGUCAAAAGUUUUUCUCGCAUUAUCACGAGAGAAAAAUAUUCCGAAAAUGUAUGUACAAGAACUGGCAGAAAAUGAAGGUUUUGAAAUUUACGAUCUGCUGGUUAAUCGAGGCGCGCAUUUCUAUGUCUGUGGUGAUUGCAAGAUGGCCGAGGACGUUCAUCAGAAGUUAAAAGGAAUAAUCAAAAAGCAUGGCGGAAUGACAGAUGAACAAGUUCAGAGUUUUAUGUUUUUACUUAAGGAAGAAAAUCGUUACCACGAGGACAUAUUCGGCAUCACACUACGCACUGCUGAAGUACACAGCGCUUCUCGAGAAUCAGCUCGAAGGAACCGCGUGGCUGCCCAACCAUGA